AUGAAGUGGGAUCCAGAAUCCCGGCAACAGGUGGAGUCGGGCCAGAUUCCACUGAAGCACUCCAAAGUGCUGGAACUUCUGGAUAUACGUCGACGCAGCCUCCCGCAGGUGAACGUCCUGCAGAGGUUCCAUUCGACGAGGCCCAUGGCCGAGACCUACCAAUCCCCGGUGCUCCCCUUUCUGAUGAGCGUGGGGAUCCGCUCGGCAGCCGUGGACGCGGCCUACGACGCUUUUUCGGACCUGGUGGGGUGCUCUGCCCUUCGGGUCAUAGGCCUUCGGCAUCGGCAGGAGCGCAUCGAUCGUCAGCCUCUGGCGCGGGUUCUGGCAACGACGUUCCAGAACUCAAGCAUAUGCGACUGGAAGCGGCGCGAGGAUCAGCAGAGCAAGCCGGCGCCGGCCCAGGAGGAGGAGGCGAAGUCGUAG